GAUAUGCCUGAGUCAGGUUAUGUAGUGUCUAAAUAAAAUUAAUUAUUUCAAUCAACAGGCAAUAUUCAUACUCUUUAGGUUAAUUUUCUUUCCUACUUGUCUCUGUGAAUAACUGCAACCAACAAUGGUGGGACUUGAUCACAGUGAACUAAUGGCCCUGCACCAAGAAUAUGAAUGGGUCCUCACUGAAGAGCUGCCUCGUGCCUAUUCUCAGCUUACACAUGUGCUAGAGGAAUGUGUGCAGCUUUUUCCAAUAAGCGAUGGAGAUGGCAGCACUGUGACCAAGUCUGAGAAAUUCAUUAUGUCUGCUGCACCUCACACAACUUUAGAUCAUGUUAAGGCAGUGGUCACAAUAUCCGGGGACUCCAUCAUGCAGGCUGACAUCAAUGUUCGUCUGGGUGUCAGUGAUGGCAAGCGUAGUGGUGUGGCAUCAGGUGGUAGUGGAAGUGGCAGCAGUGGUAGUGGCACCAGCAGUGCCUUGCAGCGCACUAGCGUCACGCCUGAUGCGCCGUGGCGAUUGCAGCAAAUACAAGAUGCAUGCAACUACCUGAAGCAAGCGCUAGUGCUUCUCCAGAACAAUGAUCUUCCCAAAACAGGCGAGGGCUCGGUGUCGCAGCUGAGCCGCGUGUGCCAGGCUGUGCAGCAGAGCCGCCAGUGUCUGCUGGUGCCGAGACGACGCACCAUCGAAGAGCUGCUCGCCUCGCCUAACAUGAAGGCCCUUAGCCCGCCCCUCGUCCCCGACACUGCACUCAGCUUCUACAUCCAGGUGAAUAAGCUUCUACAUCCAGGUGACUCAGCUUCUACAUACACGUGA